AUGAAGAGCUUCUUUACCGUUGCCGCCAGUCUUCUGGCCCUGGCAUCUACGACUCUCGCCGUAGCGCCUCGUCAAGAUGGCUUCAUCAGCAAAUAUGCGCUUCCCGCCAACCACUCCACGGAACUGAAAGAGUACAUCAUCACCUUCCAGCGCAACGAAACUAUUCCCCCAAAGGUCGACACCUACCUGGACAUGCUCGAACUCAAGCGCAAUGCUCCUGACGGUGGUGACAUUAUUCUUUACGAGUCAAAUAACACAAGCCCCGAUGCGACCAAGGUCAUCAUUUUACGCAUGUGCGACGAACACGCCGACAUCAUGCGCGAGUUCUCCGAAAUCAACGUCGUAGAGCCAAAGGCUGAGAUCCAGUCGUACGAAACCCGCAACGGGGCACCAUGGGGUCUGCAGCGCAUUUCCAGCGAAGCUGGCGCGUCUGGUUCUCCCCAAGGCCAAGACUUUACCUACACGUUCGACGAUCCGUCCCUCGGCAAAGGCGUCGAUAUCUAUGUUGUCGACACUGGUGUCCGAGACACACAUGCCGUCUUCACUGGUCGUGCUUCCCAGGGUUUCUCCGCAACUGGAUCUCCCGUUGACGGAGAUGGCCACGGCACUCAUUGUGCUGGUACUGCUGGAGGCGCCAAGUUCGGUGUCGCACAGGGUGCCAACAUUAUUGCUGUCAAGGUUCUUAGCGAUGAUGGUUCUGGUUCGUCCUCUGACACUAUCAAGGGCAUGGACUGGGUCAUCUCUCGCCACGAGCAGCGUAAAACUGAGCCCGGCUUUGUUGGCUCCAUCAUGAGCAUGUCUUGGGGUCUCCAAGGAACUGCCAACUCAGUUGAUGAGGUCAUUGCUGGUGCCUCCGCGGCUGGUAUUCACGUCUCGGUCGCUGCUGGUAACGACGGUAUUGAUGCCUGUGGCUCUACCCCUGCUCACCUCGGUGGCGCCAACUCCAAUGUUGUCACUGUCGGCUCUGUCAACAUCCGCAACACCGUCUCAUCGUUCUCCAACACCGGCAAGUGCGUCGACAUCUACGGCCCUGGCGAGCAGAUUCUCAGCGCGUGGGCCACUGGUGACACAAUCAUCAACUUCUUGUCUGGAACCUCCAUGGCCUGCCCUCACACCACUGGUGUCAUGGCUUACCUCAUGGCGCAGGACGCUGCAGCCUUGGGCCAGAACCCGGCAGCUCUCAAGAAGAAGCUUCUCGAGACAGCCCGCCAGUCUAAGAUCACCGGUAACCUCGGUGGAAGCGCGAACUUGCUUCUCAGCAACGGCGUCAAUGGCACUCCGGCUACCAAACGUCUCAUGAAGAACUAUGUUGUUCCUGACCGAAGCGGUUCGCCCGCUGCCCGUGCUGCGGCUUCCAUGUCCGGUCGCGAUAUCGUCAUCGACGAGCGCUUCCAGCUUCACUCUCGCGACUCCAAGCUCCGCUUCUAG